UAAAUAGCGGAGUUAGGGUUUUAAGCUAGCCUCUGCCUUAUUGCACAGUUGAGGGCUGUUUUUAUCUUUGCAGGUGUGGGAGAGGAGCAGACCUGCCGCUUGGCGCAGAUAGCUCGAGAAGAACAAAAUGGCUAGAGGACUGAAGAAACAUAUGAAGAGGCUUAAUGCCCCCAAGCAUUGGAUGCUUGACAAACUUGGCGGGGCAUUUGCACCCAAGCCCUCAUCUGGACCCCACAAAUCCAGGGAGUGCUUGCCUUUGAUCCUUAUCUUAAGGAACAGGUUGAAGUAUGCACUCACCUACCGUGAGGUCAUUGCUAUUUUGAUGCAAAGGCAUGUGCUGGUUGAUGCAAAGGUUAGAACUGAUAAGACAUAUCCAGCAGGUUUCAUGGAUGUUGUAUCAAUUCCAAAAACAAAUGAGAACUUCCGUCUGCUGUAUGAUACCAAGGGUCGUUUUCGCCUCCAUUCAAUCAGAGAUGAGGAAGCUAAGUUCAAGCUAUGCAAGGUUCGUUCAGUGCAAUUUGGGCAGAAGGGAAUUCCAUAUCUCAACACUUACGAUGGCCGCACCAUACGCUACCCAGAUCCACUUAUCAAGGCCAAUGACACCAUCAAGCUGGACUUUGAGACAAACAAGAUUGCUGAGUUCAUCAAAUUCGAUGUUGGAAACGUUGUCAUGGUGACUGGUGGAAGGAACAGAGGACGUGUUGGAGUCAUUAAGAACAGGGAGAAACAUAAGGGAAGCUUUGAGACUAUCCACAUCCAGGAUGCUCAAGGCCAUGAAUUUGCUACUCGUCUUGGUAAUGUUUUCACCAUUGGCAAGGGUACAAAGCCAUGGGUGUCUCUUCCCAAGGGCAAGGGUAUUAAAUUGUCUAUUAUUGAGGAGGCAAGGAAGAGACUUGCAGCCCAACAGGCAACAACUGCUUGAUUCACAAAGGCACCAGGUCUCUGAUGGGAACUAGUUCAGCUGUUAAGACAUUCUUGCUAGCUAAUGCUUUUAUGACUAAGUUUUGGUUAGUUGUUACAUAGUUGUUUCCUGGUCAUUUUUGAGGUUGCUUUGUCGACUCAAUUAUGGUUUUGUGAUAGCUAAGAUAUAUCAUACUAUUUCAGGCUUGAUCUGUGCAAUGACUACUUGUUCUAUGAUUUUCAUUUUAAUGAUUUGGCAGUGCAGGGGAAUUGGCUGCGACUGUUGCUUGUUUACCCA